ACAUCACUUAGUUUAAAUUUAUAGCCUGUACAUUAUGUCAACACAUAGUAAUGAAUAAUUUAUUAUUUGUGUGUACACGGGGAUAAAAAGGUAACGAGUGGAGUAAAAAGUGGGAAAAUUAAACACCUGCAGAUUCGUAGAUUAAAGAACGACAGAUUGUUAUUAAAUAAAAAGCAAUCCUUGACUCGUCCUCAUCAUCAUUAUAUACACUGAUAUUAACUUAGCUAUGAUACUUUUUCCGUGACUUCGUUUCCCGCGGCGUCAAUGAGCCCGUAUCUAUCCUGUCGCCAUCCACAAUCGCUCAUAUUCACGUCAGGGAAAUCGGAAUGAGCUAGCACUCUUGCUUUUUUUUUUUCAUCAGAAUAUGAAUAAACAAAUUGACAUGUAGUUAAAUUACGGAAACGAGCAACCAACGUUAGCAUGAUUGUUGAAAUUUAGCGUUACUUUGUUUGUUUAUUUAUUUUCAUUGUGGUUAAUAUCAUUGUUGAUACGCGCGUUGGCGAGGACAUAGAAGGUGGGGAAAAAUAGUCUGUAUAAUAAAUACCCGAGCCCGUGAUUAUAAAGUUUACUGGAAUGUGCCGACAUUUAUGUGUCAAAAGUACGGAAUGUACUUCAAUGAUCUGGAUAAAUUUGGAAUCAUCCAGAAUACCAAUGACCAAUUUCGCGGGGAAAAAAUAGUAAUACUUUACGAUCCUGGAAUGUUUCCCGCGUUGAUAAAAAAUCCCGACGGUUCAAUAACUCGCAGAAAUGGCGGAGUACCCCAAGAAGGUAAUUUGCAGAGCCACCUAAAUUUAUUCAAGAUCCAUCUAGAAGAACAGAUCCAAGAAAAUUUUUCCGGACUCGGAGUGAUCGACUUUGAAAGCUGGCGACCAAUUUUCCGGCAAAAUUGGGCAUCGCUGGCUCCUUACCGCGACCUGUCAAUUGAGCUGGAAACUGCGCGCCAUAAAAAUUGGAGUAAGAGCGCUAUCAAGCAGCACGCGGUUCAAUUGUUCGAAUCCGCCGGUCGGUUGUUCAUGGAGGAAACAAUAAAAUUAGCGAAGCAGUUGCGUCCCAAUGCCUCCUGGAGCUACUACGCAUACCCUUAUUGCUUCAACCUGACGCCGAACCAACCUAGUGCGUCAUGUGACCCUCGAGCGCUCCAAGAAAACGACCAAAUGUCGUGGCUGUGGAAGCUGGAAGAUACCUUCCUACCAUCAGUCUAUUUGCGGAAGUCUCUGUCUAAUAAUGAGCGAUUGGGUUUAAUUGCCGGACGGCUACACGAAGCUGUUAGGUUAAGUCGAAAGUUUCGAAAUCGUCCUGUGAUCCCGUAUUUUUGGUUUAAGUUCCUCGACCAACGUGAUGUUUAUUUAAGCAAGGAAGACAUAUUCAAUAGCUUUAAAGUAAUGAUAAAAAAUAACGCUGACGGACAUAUAAUUUGGGGCAGUUCCCAGGAUUUUGACAGCCAGCAAAAGUGUGCAAAAUUCAAAAGUUACUUAAACGACAUCCUCGGGCCUGCUGUCAAAGAAAUAACUUCUCUUGGAUUCUGAAGUUCCAGCACUGAUGAAACUUCAAUUAGAUUUCGUGACCAUCCAAUUGAAGGAGAAUAAUAUAAUAAUAGACUUUUAAAUCACCUCGAUGUACAAAAUACACAAUUUUUAGUUAUUAUUGUUAUUUGCAUUUAAUGAAAAUUACACAUUUUGAUUACACACUG